CGACACGUCGCGUUCGACGCCGGUUCGCAAACCGUUCUCAAUUAGUUCUCUCCCGAAAAUCGAAAGUCGAGCAGAAGAAUCAUCGAACGGGAGGAGCAACAUUUUCAUCUCGGAUCUACGAUUCUCCAUUGUCGAAGCAAAGAAAAUCCUCCGUGACGAGGAGGAAAAGGAAAUUCGGUGAAGAAUGCUCGCCGAAGGAAAGAACGAAACCGGAAACGGUUGCAAGAUGGCGGUGAAGGACUCUGUGCUGGAGCUGAGGACCAGGAUGGCUCGCAUGAUGUCCAUUGUUGACAUAUCCCCGCGGGACAGACCUUCGAUGGCGGGCAAGGCUGUCGAGGACCCGAAGAAGGAGGCCGCGGACCAAAACUUCGACUACAUGUUCAAGUUGCUGAUCAUCGGCAACUCGUCCGUCGGCAAAACCUCGUUUCUCUUCCGUUACGCAGACGACUCGUUCACUUCGGCCUUCGUAUCGACCGUGGGGAUCGAUUUUAAAGUGAAAACGGUCUUCAGGAACGACAAGAGGGUGAAACUACAGAUCUGGGACACGGCGGGCCAGGAGAGAUACAGAACGAUAACAACGGCCUACUACAGGGGCGCCAUGGGUUUCAUUUUAAUGUACGACAUCACGAACGAGGAGUCGUUCAAUUCCGUGCAAGAUUGGGUCACGCAGAUCAAAACUUACUCGUCCGACAAUGCCCAAGUGAUCUUGGUCGGCAACAAGUGCGACAUGGCCGACGAAAGAGUAAUCAGCGAGGACAGGGGCAUGCAAUUGGCAGAACAAUUGGGGGUGCAAUUCUUCGAGACGUCCGCCAAAGAGAACAUUAACAUUAAGACGGUGUUCGAGCAACUGGUGGACAUCAUAUGCGACAAGAUGAGCGAGUCCCUGGACAAUGAUCCGAACCUAAUCGCGGGUGGCGUGGGCCAGGCGAAGGGCCAACGACUGACCGACCAGCCGACCAAUCCAGCGAGCACCAACUGUAAUUGCUAAGAACGCAGGAGGCCACCUAAACUCUCUAUAAGAAGAAUGAUAAACAAGAGACGGGAUAACAGAGGAAGAAACCUUAGACGCGAGGGACGCGUGUAUGCCUGUACAUGUGUGCGUGAACGCGUGGUCUACCUGGUUGUGUGUGUACGCAGCGUGUGUACCAGUGUGCGUGGGAAAGAGAAAGGGAAACGGGAGAGAGAGGGAAAGAGAGAGAAAGAGGAAGGUCGAGUGAUAAACGCUGGCUCUAGUUCAAACCCUGUUUGUCGUUCCUUUACCCCUUGUUUCCGACCGUUCUUCGUUCUGCUCUUUUUCUUUCCUCCUUUCUCGAUCAAUAUAUUUAUAUAUAUGUGCACAUAAAUACGUAUAUAUGUACAGGGUGAACCGUGAAGUACGAUUAGACCGCUUGUCUUCCUCCUCAGUCGAAAGCCCUAUCGGCGUCGCCCGGUAGGGUUAUCGAUCAGAGUCGACCCCCUAAAAGUAUAAAAAAAAAAAGAGAGAGAGUUUGCCAGGCGAGCUCGACGAUACACGAUCAAACAGACCGUGGUGGUUGAACCGUGUAAAAAAAGAAAAACAAAAGCGAACCGGAAUUGGCAGAGAAAAAGACCACCACCGUUCACGUUUCUGGCGUAGGCGAAGCUGACGCUUUGGCCCAAAGGUGUUCAAGGGAACGGGAGAUGAAACUCAGUUCCAAGAUAUGGUGUCCAAGCCCAGCCAAGACUAUCCACCGGUCAGGACGCUAUAGUGCACAACGUAUAUAUAUGUAUACAUAAUAUAUAUUACACACCGUCGUUUUUUCAUUA